AUGAAGAUGCAGCCUUCUAGAGCUGAACAGAAUCAAAUCAAGGCGAUUAUAGGAAACUCGUACAAUAAACUGUAUUCUCAAUUGAACUCAAAUGAGUUGAAUGAGGUAGGCAACUAUAAAAUCUUAAAGCAAAUCGGUGAGGGCAGUUUUGGGAAAGUUUAUUUGGCUUUACAUAAACCAACUCACAAGAAAGUGGUUUUGAAAUCAAGUGAUAAGACAGAUCCAAAUGUCGUAAGAGAGAUAUUCUACCAUAGACAAUUCGAUUUCCCCUAUAUUACAAAGUUAUAUGAGGUUAUUAUAACAGAGACAAAAGUUUGGAUGGUGAUAGAAUAUUGUCCAAAUAAAGAAUUAUAUGAUUAUCUUUUAUCAAAGAAAAGGAUCUCUUUGGAUGAAUCGGCAAGAAUAUUUGCUCAGAUUGUUGGUGCUGUCUACUAUGCUCACUCUCUGUCUUGUGUUCAUAGAGAUCUAAAGUUAGAGAAUAUCUUGUUGGAUAAAGAUAAUAAUGCCAAAUUGACAGAUUUUGGCUUCACUAGAGAUUUUUCUAAAAACACACAACUAGAAACUAUAUGUGGUACUACAGUAUAUAUGGCGCCAGAAUUACUUCGAAGGGAAAAAUAUGAUGGUUACAAGAUCGAUAUCUGGGCAUUAGGCAUCCUUCUAUACACUAUAAUCAACGGUACCAUGCCAUUUGAUGAAGAUGACCCAAAGAAAACAGAACUAAAAAUAAUUAGUGCUUCUCCGGAUUAUGAUAAUAAAUACUUCAAUGAUGAUUCUAUAGAUCUAGUGAACAGGUUACUUUCGAAAGAUCCGUCAAUGAGGCCCACCAUAGAACAGAUUUUAAUGCAUCCAUUUCUUGCGUCUUACGGCCAAGAUAUAAUGCGUACUUCAGAUAAUAUUUUACAAAGUCAAAAACUUGGUGUAUUAUAUUUCCAUUCAAAAGUAGAACAUCUGCUAUUGAAAAAAUUGAAAAAAUCAGGUUUUGAUAGACAGGCAAUAAAAAGCUCUGUGCAGAAAAGAAAAUGUGAUUCUUUGUCAAGUUUAUGGUUUUUACUUUUAGAAGAAGAAAAAUAUCGUGCAGAACAGCGAAACUCUAAAUUCACAACACGAAACUUUUCAGUUAAAAAAGUUGUUGAUGCAGUGCAACCAGUAGUUCAGCCAGUUAUUCAACCAACUACUGCGAUAAUAGACUCUCAUGGUGAAUACAUAGGCGCAACACUAGUCGCAACAAUAUCAGCACCAGGCAUAGCACUUAAUAAAGGGAGAGAGCAACUAACCAACGUACGGAAGGCAACUGUAGAAUGCAUCAUUGAUUCAACCCCAAAUAAAUCUACACCAUCCCCACAACUUACUCUGAAUAGUCAAUCACCUAGUAGACUGGUUCAUUCUAAAGACAAUUUUUUUAAGAAAGUUUCAAAGUUUUUCAAAAAUAAGAAGCUGAACACUGACGCAGAAAGUUUUAUCUCUCAAAAAAAUUCAAGUAAUAUUCAUGAUUCUCACUCUUCCAUUCAUGACCGAAAUUCAAAUGAAUCAAAAAAGGAUGAAAAUGAUAGAACUUUGAGACCAACCAUUUCCUCGAGAAACAAUCAUCAAGCUUUAAAUAUGGAGUCAAAGAAACAAGAAAAUGGAGUCGCAGAGGGUACCUUUAUGGUUAACAAUAAAAAGAAAGUAGAGGAGCCGCGAUUGAAAAAGUUCAAAUCGGCAACUUCAAGUGAAUUUUCAUAUAAUGACUCUACUGGAAAUUAUGAUAGUGAGUCAACGAAUCACGCCAUUCAUGUAUCUAAUGAUGGAGUAAAGUUACAAAAUUUGAAAAUAUCGAGUAAUAUUCCACCUCGACCUGUAUUAUUAUCAAAUCUGUCUGAGAUAUCAAACGAUACAUUUAAUUCAGAUUAUUCAACAGAUGGAAAUUCAUCAUCAAUAAAGAUUGCCGAUACGACACAGUCAUUUUUCCCUCAGGGUAAUGGUGGUCUAUCGCAAUCAAGUUUAGCAGCUGAUAAGUCUAUUAUUCACAUAAAUAAGAAAAUCAUUCGACGAGAAUUAAGUUUUAUUUCAAGUGCUUCAAGUACAUCGGAAUUAAGUUCAAGGGCAGAUUCAUUCUAUGAUCUUGCCACUGCAUCAUUACCUAAAGCAAAGGAAUCCAGAAAAGCAUUACGAUCAAGUAAUAAAGAAAUGAAUUCUGCCAAUUUUGAGGCCCCAAGAUUCUGGUCUCCAAAUUCUUCAUAUCAUAGAAGGAAUAAUAUGAGAAGAAGGAGUCAGAAGAGAGGAAUACUUCAGGGAACUGUUAAUGACACCCAGCCUAUUAUACAAGAAGAAAGUUCGUCGGUAAAUGAUGAUUACAUCCAGGAUGUACAGAGCUUACCAAAUUCUGAAAGGUUAGAAAUGGAUGGAGAUGAUCAGGAAUCUGUUACCCAUUCUGAGAAUUUUAGACCUUUGGUAAUGAAAACGUCGAUUAAAAAAGAAAAAUCAGAUAAAUCAGAUUUCGAUGUUAGAAAAACUACACAACGUUCGUUUAGUCCAGACAGUAAUUGGUCGCGUACUUAUUCUGAUCUAAGUGAUGAUUUAAAGCCAAAUAAAAUUAUGGGAACUGAUGAGCCAUUAGAGAAUGGAAAACCUCAUAUUAUUGACAAUGAAAGUGACGAUGGAGAUGAAGAAUCAGUUCAACUAUCCGUGAACUCGGAUAAUUUCUCGGAUUAA